AUGGCGUCCUAUUCCAAGGGUUACGUGUUUCCACUGGCGCUUAAGGACACAUGGAAAGAGGAGCUCUCACACAAGACGCGCGAAAAGCUGACAGAGAUGCUGGGCGUCGAGGUAGAUAAUGUCAUGGCGGAAUACGUGAUUGUGAUGGUAAACAACAAGAAGAAUAUGGAGCAAAUUGCGCACGACCUCGUCGACUUCAUUGGUGACGAGUCAGCCGAGCAAUUUGCGGCCUGGCUCAGCCAACUACUGCCCACAUUUGAAUCUCAAGUUCUCCAGUCCAGCGAUGACGCUAUGGAGAUGAAGAUCUCGCAAUCUCCUGCAGAAGACGCACCUUUGCAAAAGAAACCGACGACUGAAGAAAAUACUCCGCCUAAGCGCAUAAUUAAUUUGAAGGGAAUCUCGUCAUCUGAACCACCUAAAAAGAAGACGGUCUCGCUUAGCAACAAUAAAGGCACAAUUCGCUCGCUGAAUUCUUUAAAGACUGACGCGGACGAUGUUAUCGCUCGACGGGCGCAACGAUUUGGUAUCGUGGAAAAGACUUCUGUUUCGAAGAGUACUUCUUUUUCAAACUCUGAAAGAAAUGAUCGCUAUCAACGUGAAGAAGGUAGAGCGACGAGUAACAAGCGGCGAGGAAGUGAGCGUGCUGAUAACAAAGAUGGCGGACGUCGCCUUUCACAGCGACUAGGUCCCCCAGUAAAUGUUCACCAGGCUAAACUUGACGCUCGUGAUACUUUGGGGUCACAUAAGAAGCAACGCAAGGAUCGGGACCGUAGUGAGGAAAAGCAGCACAGUGAUGGACAUCACAAUCGGAGAAAUGAUCAAGAUCAUGACAUGAACAGUGCAAGACGCAAGGAAAAAUCAAGGAAUGAUGACGCGGCACCACCCCUGCCACCGCCAGGUGAUAUGAAUGGCAAACAAGGCUACGGGCCAAUGGGUCCAGCCAUGGGGUUUCAGGGCGGUCCGAUGGGUUUUGGUGGUUACCCUGCGCCAUUUGGUGGUCCCAUGUUUUACCCUCCACCAGGAUUCAACCCGUAUGUCAUGGGCUUUCCUCCUCAAGGGAUCCCACCGUUCAGUGGUCGCGGCUACCCUCAACCUAUGCAGAAUGGACCGCGUGGUGCCCGACCUUUUCAGAACCGCAAGUGGGUUAACCCAAAUGUUGCUAAGGCUGAAGAAGCAAAAGAUAAGGGAGACCAGCCAGAAUCGGACGAACCAGGAGAGUUAGCCCAAUUCAACGCCAAUACAAAUACUGGUGCGCCAGCCUACACGCCACGUAAUCCAUACUUUUCAUCGCAGAUGCGUCCACGCUUUCAAAACAAGACUUGGGUGCGACAGGAUUCUACCAAGGAUGAGGAGCUGAACUCAAGUUUGCCCAAAACGCCACCUCAAGAGUUGCUGGAGAGCACCGACUAG